AUGAACCACCGCGUGCUCCUCCGAUCACCGGGUUUCCAGCCAGAACGACAGCUUUUGAAGAGCAGUACCCAGAGCUUAACCUCGCACCUGGCUCGUCCGCCGAGUUUGAAUUUUCAAAAGAGUUUUCUGUUCGUCGCUUCCUCUCCGAGUGGGGAUGGCGGGAGGGCCUUUUCGCCGUCAUCGGCGGGGCGGUUUAUGGAUGGUGGCGGUGGCAGCGCUGUGGAAAGGGGAGGGUGUGGAAGUGAAAUUAGGAAGGGGGGUGUGGGCAAGGAAGGAGGGGAAGAAGGGGACUGUGGGGAGAAGGGUGAGAGUGGAGAGGAUAAAGCUGGGGGUGUGAGUGGUGAUAGCGGUGUCGGAGAGUUAGCAGGAAGCAGCAGUAUAGGAACAAGCGUACUGUGGCACCGCGAAGGCAUUGACCAAUCCCCCCCCGCAAAGGGGUCUCCGGGACCAAGCGUUAUCACAAAAGGUAUGAUAGCUCACCCGUCCAGCCUUCCCAUCUCCCGUCACCAAUUCUCACAUUAAAGUCCCAAGGAAAACUCCUACCGACCUCUUCCCGGCUCCUAAAGCUUCUGCUCCCGCUAAAACUCUCCGGCUCCUCCGACUCCACCGACUCCCCCCUCGCGCUGCUAGUCCACCCUCAGCAACCCCUCUCCUACCUCGAAUGCCUGAUCCAAGCCCAACUCCCGCUGAUAAUCUCGCCAAACUCGGCCCCCCGCUCUCCAAGCAUUUCCUUUAAAGUCGUAAACGUCGGCGACGCCCUCCCCGAAGGACAUAUCAACACGAGGGGCAAAGGGAACCCCCAAUCGCGGGAUGGCAGGGAAUGCGAAGGUGGGGCACAAGCCGGCGGGGGCCCCGAUUCCCUGAACCCCUUCGAGAAAGUCGGUAAGGACGGAUACGUGCGCUGGCCCGCAUCCACCGAAGUGGGCGACUUUGUCCGCGACGUGGCAAGGGACGAGGAAUUCGUCGUCGAGAUUGAGAGGAGUGGUGACACGCCCGUCAGCUUGCCCAGCUUUAAGCAGCGGACGCAUUACCUCCGCCAGCGAUUGGCCACCGCGAUGGGGGAGACUGAGCUGCAGGCCAGGCUCAAGUCCGAGUGUGACAGGAUCGCGCGUCGAAGGGCGCAGAAGGUUGCCGUUGCUGGGUUUGCGGGAUUGGCGUGGUGGUGGGCGGCGGUUUACUGGUUGACUCUUGAGGCUAGUUUAGGGGUAUGUUCUGUACCGUAUAAUACAAGUAACACCAGUAUUCCAGGGAUCGAAUGCUCACUCACGGUGAUGGGGGCGUAGUGGCAUGUUAUGGAACCAGUGACCCACCUCGUCUGCUUAUCCACCGUCGUCGGCGGAUGCCUCCUAUUUUUUUACAAUAAUCGCGAAGCCUUGUGCCCGUCCGUCCUGCACAAUGCCGUGUCGAGGCGGCAGAAGAGGCUCUAUCGGGAGGGGGGAUUCGAUGCCGACAAGUGGGAGGAGUUGGUCGUUGAGGGAAAGGGUUUGCGCAGGGAGAUUGGAGCCAUAGCAGAGGACUACGACGUCGACUGGGAUGAGUGGAGCAAUGAGGCCGGUAGGGGAUAA